AUGGAUCCAAAAGAGAAGAGACAGAAGCUUAGCACACCAGCAGAACUCAAAAGCCCCUCUCUCUCACUCUCAAGGAAGGAUGUGGCGGCAAUCACAAGUCCCUCUUUAAACUCAAAGGUUGAUGUGGGAGAAGCGAUGAAGAAGCAAAACGACGUCGCUAUGUUCCUUACAGAGAAAGUAAUCUCUGCCCUAGCCAGAAACUCUAACUUCGUCUUCUCUCCGGCAUCAGUCAACGCCGUUCUAACCAUGGUCGCCGUUACGUCGGGAGAAGAAUCACUCAGAUCUUUGAUCUUCUCCAUCCUUAGGACAUCCUCUGUCGAUGAGCUCAACGCUGUUUUCCAUGAAGUAGCAAACACCGUCCUGGUCGAUGGAAGUGAGAACGGUGGCCCUAAGACUGCGGUUAAUGGAGUGUGAAUGGAGCAGUCCCUAUCCGUUAGUCCCUCCAAGAAAGAUCUCCUUCAGAAUUUCUUCAAAGCCGCUUUUGCUCAAGUUGAUUUUAGAUUCAAGAGUGAACAAGUGCGUAAGGAGGUGAAUGAGUGGGCUUCACGGCACACCAAUGGUCUCAUCAAAAGCAUGCUUCCUUCCGUUACAAGCGACACGGACUGGAUUUAUGGAAACGCAAUCUACUUCAGAGGAGCGUGGGAGAAAAAAUUCCCAAAGUAUUUGACAAGGGAGGACGAGUUUCACCGUAUCGAUGGCACAUCAGUCUCUGUGCCGUUCAUGACCACAACCUCUAGGAAGCAAUACGUAAGGGAAUACGAUGGUUUCAAGGUUCUAAAGCUCUCGUUUCAACGAGGCAGUGAUAUCAUCAAUGGUCGUAGAUUCUCAAUGUAUUUCUAUCUCCCGGACGAGAAAGAUGGACUGGAUAGUAUGGUGAAGAGAAUGGCCACUACUCCUGGAUUCUUGGAUAGUCACAUUCCCAGUGAAGAAGUUGGUGUUGGUGAGUUCAGAAUCCCAAAGUUUAAGAUCGAGUUUGGUUUUGAGGCUUCCAAGGCUUUUAAUGAAUUGGGGCUGGAUUCGGUUUCCUUGUACCAUAACGCUUUGGUCGAGAUUGACGAAGAUGGUGCAGAAGCUGCAGCUGUUACUCGUAAAGGAGGCCGCAGAGGGUGCAUGCUCCACAGCACUGUGAGGCUGAUAGAUUUUGUGGCUGAUCAUCCGUUUCUUUUUUUGAUAAAAGAAGACGCAACUAGAACCAUUAUGUUCGUUGGUCAAAUCUUUGAUCCUCCCACCGCUUAAGACCUGACCGGUUUGCUUUUGUUUUAGAUUUUUUUGUUUAAAUGAAAUUGCAACUUUGCCACUUUAGAGCCCAUAUUGGUUUUUGGCUGUUGCUUCAGAUGUUGCG